UCUCAGGUGGACAUGGCCUGCAGGGGUCGCACUCGACCCAGGGGCCUGGCCUGGGCCCUGCAACUGACUCUGGCAUGGAUCCUGCUGGGGGCUUGUGGAGGGAGCCACCCACUCCCAGCUAGGUCCCGGAGACAUCAUCAGCUAGCAGCCGAUCUGGGCACAGUCCAGCUGCACCAGGCAGGGCCCUCUUGUCCUUCAGCGAUGGACACAUCAGAGGUAUCAGGCCUUGGGAUCAGCGCGGAGAGCUGUGGGGAGCUGAGCCCCAGGUGUGAAUCAUUUCUGGGACACCUCCAGGUUGCCCUUCGCAGUCGCUUCCACCUGCUUCUGCUGGGGGUACUCCAGACACAACCGCUCUGCUCAGAGCUCUGCGAUGCCUGGUUUGCCACCUGCGAAAGUGAUUUCACCUGCAGCUCGACUUGGCUCCCACUAGUAGAAAAGAGGGGCUGCAAGCCCAUCUGCAGUACCUAUGGGCAGACUUUCGCUGAUGGAGCGGGGCUUUGCCGCUCAGUUCUGGGCUACGUGCUACCAGUAGCGGAUCCUGGCUCCAGUCCCUGCCUCAAUAUUUCCAUCUCAGUGCUAUCUCGUCCCAGACACGCACGGCGGGCCCGGGAAACCACAUUCCCACGCUCUCGUCGCCCUCGCACCUUGAUUCUGGACGCUGCAGGCAGCGGUAGUGGCAGUGGAAGCGGCAGCGGCCCCUAGGGGGCGCCCGGCCUUGGAAGGAAGAGGCACCGCCUCU